GGAUAAUUAUAAUGAUGAAUUGUCCACGGUGAGAUUCUUUUCACCCACAACCUGCACCGUGUUGCAUGACAAUCUCCUUGACAGCAUGUUCUCGAGAUCGUCAUCGUCAGGUUUCGGUCGAAGCUUGAGUGAAGCUGCACCGGGUCUGUCGCGACGAUUCUUUAACUGUCAAAACCGCAACAAACCUCCCCACAACCUGCGAUACUUCUCCUCCUCACGACCGACACCUGGAAGCAGGGAUCCAAGAGUCCAGAUCAGACCUAUCGGAACACUGUCGGACAUUGCAGCCUCGAGGACAUGGACUGUGAAGUUGUCAAAGUCUGCCUCUAGCCCCUUCACGCAGAGCCGUAUUACCUGUGGGCGCAGCGAGUCUUGGAGCUCGAGGCCACCACCCGGCGCAAACUCCUCAAACCUCCGUUGUAUAAGAUCCUUCUCUGUCUCGACAAGGUCAAGAACUCAGGCCACCCUCGCCCAAGAAAUAAACACUGCAGAAGGAUCAAAGAGUGAGAAAAAAGGGUUCUACCCCAAGCAUUCUACAAAUGCCGUGGCAUACUGGCUCCUUGCCAGCGCCGCUAGUGUCUUUGGAAUCGUCAUCUUUGGGGGGCUGACGAGGUUGACAGAGUCGGGGUAUGUCAGUUUGUUUCAGAAGAAUACUUAGAUGGACUACUAACGUUAUUCUUUUCUCCGGUAGUCUCAGCAUCACAGAAUGGCGUCCUGUCACGGGCUCGGUGCCUCCACGAAAUCAAGCUGACUGGGAAGCUGAGUUCGAGAAGUAUCGAGCGUCACCAGAAUUCAAGGUUCUCAAUUCGCGAAUGACCCUGGAAGAGUUCAAGAGCAUCUACUGGAUGGAGUGGAUUCACCGGCUGUGGGGACGAUUUGUCGGUUUGAGCUUCGUCGUACCGGCUGUCUACUUUGUGGCUACAAAACGAGUUUCGAGAUCCAUGUCCGCACGUCUGCUAGGGAUUGCCAGCUUGAUCGGCUUCCAGGGAUUUCUCGGAUGGUGGAUGGUCAAAUCGGGGCUGAAAGAUGAUCUUUUGGCGCCUGGGUCGACGCCUCGAGUCAGCCAAUAUCGAUUGACUGCCCACCUAGGCGCUGCCUUUGUCUGCUACCUGGCCAUGCUGUGGAACGGUCUCGACAUCCUCCGUGGCAACAAGUUGCUCUCAUCCCCACCAGCCACCGCAUCCUCGACCCUGGCAGCCCUCCGACAUCCAGGCCUGAGAACAUUCCGUCUGGCUGUGACCGCUCUGUCGGCCCUCGUCUUUGUGACCGCCAUGUCAGGUGGUCUUGUCGCAGGACUCGACGCCGGCCUGAUCUACAACGAAUUCCCAUACAUGGGAAAUGGACUGACCCCACCCAAGUCAGAGUUGUUUGACCCAUUCUAUAGCCAUACGCCAGAUCACUCCGACUUGGUGUGGCGCAACUUUCUGGAAAACCCGUCUCUUGUUCAAUUAGACCAUCGCAUUCUGGCCACUACAACAUUCUCUGCCAUCAUGGCCCUGUGGGCAUGGACACGCUAUUCCAAGUCUCUCACCAGCUUACUGCCACGUGCUGCGAAACGAGGUGUUCAUGGAGUGGUAGGCUUUGCCUUCCUUCAAGUCACCUUGGGCAUAUGUACACUUCUGUAUCUGGUUCCAACACACCUGGCAUCGUCUCAUCAAGCUGGCGCAUUGGCGUUGCUAACAUGGACCUUUGUGUUGGGCAGUCGCACAUGGUUGCCCAGUCGAGCGGUGCAAAAGCUGGUCAUGGAGCGAGUUGGCGCCCCAACGUUGGGCGGGAAUGCUGCUGCGGCAGCCAAGUUAAGAGAUGCUGCUACCGCCUCGGCAGCCUCGGCAGCGACUCCCAUGAGUGCCACUUCGCUAGCUUCUCUGGGAGGAGCGACCUUGUUGCCAUUGUUGGGGUUGGGACUUGGUCGUGGUGGUAGUGGUGGGGUCACGAACAAGGAGACACUCGGCCAUGAGGAUGUUGCUCCGGCAGGUAAGAUGCUGGUGGUCCAGAAGGAUCAAUUUCUCGCCAGACAGCGAGGCAUCAAGAGCUCAUGAGACCAAUUCCGACCAGUACCGACCAGUACCGAGUAUGGACUCAUUUCAUGAGUAUUGUACAAGUAUACAAAAAUGUAGUAAUAUCAACUGGAAGGAGGCUUGGCCGGGAAUGGUCAAAAGGUCAAGGCAUUGUACCUACAGGAUCACGUGUGUGAUAAGGCUGUUAGAAUCCACUCUAAGACAAGAUACCAAUAUAAUUGAUUGAAUAGAAAGCAUAGAUUAUGUCUGA